AUGGCAAAGAAGUUCUUCGCGGCCUGGGAAACGUGGGAGAAGCUCGUAUUCAUCCUGGCAUGCGCAAUCGUCGUAACCGUCAUGCUCGGCUGUGUCAAACUGGCUCACAUCCGCUGGCGAUUGAGAAAGUACGCUGGCAUUGAGGAUGAGAGGCGGGGGGAAGCUAUGCACCGCCAGUCCAGUCAGAGACGCCAUACCACAGGCGAAGACGACAUUCCUUUCGGCAUUCGAGCGCUGGAGAGCGGAAUCGAAGUCGAAGGCGUCUGGAUCUCUCGCAGCAACACACCAGAAAUCAGUACUCGCGAGACGUCUGCAACAGUGUCAUUGUGGGAUGGCUCGGUCGCGGGCAAGCGAAGCGAUUCGUACAAGCCUCGGACUACCAUGGAGGACCAGAGCGAGAAUGUUUCCCACCAAAACCGGAGCAAUGUCCCGAUUCAAGUCCCAGCUGCGAUUCGUGUCCGCAGCCAUCAUCCACCUCCAUCCUUCGCGCGAUAUCAUGGGAAUCCAUACGCCCUUAGACGCCAAUCAUGCUCCACCGGUACGCUCGAGAGUCUCGACGCAGGACUUCGGAAGGAAAACUGCCAGGCUAACGAAAGCACCGACGUCUCUCGCAAAUCAAGCAUCGCCGGGGGAGCGAGAGCGCCACGCUCGGCAUCAGCAUCAAGCAUUUUGACGACCGACCGAAGACAAUCCUCGGCCUCGAGCGAUCUGGAGCUACUGGAGAGCCACCGUCUCUCACAAGCAGCAGAAACGGGCCAGCUGACGCCGCGAGUCCCCGUCUCGGGCAAGUUUUACAGCCGAGAUCCGGCAAGGGGAUAUUCGCAGGAGCAGCUAGAAUUCUGGGAGGUUCUCAGAGAGAGUUCCAACCGCGGGCUGAAAGGCCGCUCAAACGAUGCCAGUCCUUCUUCGAGGGCGGGUAACUCCGCGCGACGCAACACCAUGCCUGACGUGAUUUCUUUCGCGGAUUUUUGCAAGCUUGCGCCACCCUCUCCGCCACCGCCGGCAGAGAGUCGACGGAGGACAGUCGGGUCCACGACAGCACCGGAUCAAGUGAGUCCUCGGACGGAAUCCGAGGUACCGGACAUUCCUCUCCCGCCACGCGCACGAGCACCGUCAUUCGAAAAAUCGAUGCCUCAAGUCGUGCGUGGCCAUGGUACUGGUUUCGAAAUUUUGAAGUUGGGCACUUUAGAUCAACCGAAAUUGCGUGAAGGAGACAUCGCAGUGCCGAACACACUGCUGGGUGCUGGUACUUCUCACCGCCGCUCGAGUAGCGGUGAAGGCAGAAGGAAGCUGCAGAAGCAGCGAAGGCAGAGUAGCGUUUUGAUGGCCAGCUCGGCGACCAGCGAGGUCAGCUCGUGUUUGUGA